UCCUGCCAAGUAAAACUCGACAUGAGGGCUCUUGUCCUGCUAGCAGUGGUUGCCGGCAUCGCCGCCGCAGACCUUCCUUCCACCAGCUACGGCGUCCCCAACGGAGCCUCGGGUAAUGGAUUCGGAGCCUCGGGUAAUGGAUUCGGAGCCUCGGGUAACGGAUUCGGAGCCUCGGGUAACGGAUUCGGAGCAUCGGGUAACGGCUUUGGAGCAUCGGGUAACGGAUUCGGAUCCGCCAGCAACGGAUUCGGAGGAUCAAGCAACGGCUAUGGCUACGGACAGGACGACGAAGUAGCGGCUCUGGCCGAGAGCAUUCCCGGGGGCGGCGUCCCCGGCGAGGACUACCCCAUCUUGGCUUCCGUGCCCGACACCGGCUUCUCGUGCGAUGCCCAGGCGGUGCAAGGUUAUUACGCCGACACUGCGCCUGAAGCCGGCUGCCAGGUGUUCCAUAUCUGCCAGGACCGCGCCCUCAGGCGCCAACAGGACUCGUUCCUGUGCCCCAACGGUACCAUCUUCAACCAGCAGUACCUGGUAUGUGACUGGUGGUUCAACGUGGACUGUUCUCAAGCUGAGAGCUUCUACUCCGUCAACGAACUCAUCGGAGUCGUUCCCGACGCCGGAUACGCAUAUGGCACUGCCGUUAAUGGCAACGGCAACGGUUUCAACGGCAGAAGGAAUGGAAACGGAGCUAAUGGUAACGGAAGCAACGAUAGAGGAAAUAACGGUAACGGUAUUAAUGGUAACGGAGGCAACGGUAAUGGAGGCAGCGGUUAUGGUUCUAAUGGUAACGGAAUCAAUGGCAACGGUAACGGCAGUGGUUCCAGUGGUAACGGCGUCAGCAACGGCGGUGGAAACGGAUCUCCCGUUGCUCCUUCCACCUCCUACGGCGCCCCCUUCUGAUCUCUCCGGCAGAAGUCUUCCUUUCUUUAUGCUGAAUUCAUUGUUCCCAAAUACAAAAAAAUAUUUAUGUACAAUUUUCAGUAAAUAUGUAAGUAAUCA